CGCGCACUGCGCAGGGCCCCAUUGGUUAGCGCGAGGAUAUAAAGUUCCGCAGUGAUUCUCCUCAUUGAUCUGCUUUCCACUCUUCCGACUCCACACACACACACACACACACACACGGACUUUACCGUCACCGCUUCGCUCCGCUGGCAGUCGUCCGCAUCAUGAAGGAAAGGAGACUCGCGCAGCCGCGCGUCGCGAGGUGUAAACUCGUGCUGGUCGGGGACGUCCAAUGCGGUAAAACUGCGAUGUUACAGGUUGUGGCCAAGGACUGCUACCCAGAGAAUUACGUCCCCACUGUGUUCGAGAACUACACGGCCUGUCUGCAGCUGGAAGACCAGCGUGUGGAGCUCAGCCUCUGGGACACAUCAGGCUCUCCGUACUACGACAACGUCCGACCCCUCUGCUACAGCGACUCCGACGCAGUGCUCCUGUGCUUCGACGUCAGCCAGCCGGACGCGGUGGACAGCGCGCUGAAGAAGUGGAAAGCCGAGAUCCAGGACUUCUGUCCCAGCACGCGGAUCCUCCUCGUCGGCUGCAAGACGGACCUGCGCACCGACGUGUGCACUCGCAUGGAGCUGUCCAACCAGAAGCAGAGCCCCGUCUCCCACGAGCAGGGCUCGUCCUUGGCCAAGCAGCUCGGGGCAGAGGCCUACCUGGAGUGUUCGGCCUUCACGUCGGAGAAGAGCAUCCACAGCGUCUUCCGUAGCGCGGCCCAGGCCUGCCUGAACCAACUGCAGCCCGCCAGCAGGCCCAGCCCCGUCCGCCGCCUCUCCAAGAGAUUACUGCACCUGCCCGGCAAGACGGAGCUGCUGUCCUCCACCUUCGGCAAGCACAAGUCCAAGAGCUGCGCCGUCAUGUGAGCGCGGCCCGAGGUCGUCCCCCCGGGGCCGGGGGGGGCGGGCGAAGGACAAGCAGGUGGUUCGGCGAGGGGCCGGAGGGUAUGCAAAGGAAAGAGAGUGACACUUUUCUGCAGCGCAUCUCUCUCUCUCUCUUUGCAGCAUCCUCCCCAAACUCCACGACAACCACUUUAAAAACAAAAAAAACAAAAAAAAAUGUUUGCUACGCUCUAUAUUAAACUCUGACGCUGAACCUUCGGAUCAUGACAUAUCAAUUACAAAUAUCUGUACAAAGAGAGCAGCCAGGUCCCUCAGAGAGUAAGAACGGUGCCUCCCCUUCUGCCGUUUGACUCCAUUCCCCCGAUGGGAAGUGUUGUAAAUUCUGAUCGCGGAGCCCCUCCCCAUCCAUCUCUUUUUCUGAACGUCUCUUUAAGGUCACAGUGGGCUGAAUGAUGAAAUGAAAAGUAAAAUCUGACAGUUAUAGCACCUAGUCAAACCCCUGAAUCCCCCCCCCCCCUCACGGUAUUUCCUUUGGGGAAUUAAUGCCGACAGUGGAGAAAAAACGUUAAUUCUGAGCGUGUUUUUCUCAGAUCCUAGACCAGCUCUUCAUGGCCUCGCUUUAGGAGAUUCCAGCUCUUGUCCCAUCUCCACAAGCUACUCCUUGAAAGAUUUAUUUUCAGCCACCCACCGGACUGUUUUUUGUACCAAAUGGAAGCCGAAAAAAACAUUUUUCAUGAUCCUGUGCCUCAUUGAUAAUUUUUGUGGAAAAAGUCCUCAAAUUUGAGCUUUGGACUGUAAAGGUGUAAUGGAUUGGUUGCAGGUACGAACUGGAUGCCGCCGCUGUUCCCUCGACACCCUUUUUGUUAUUUUUGAGGAUUGUUGCAGAAAAUCACAUCUGUGGCAAACAAAAGCUUGUGAUACCAAGUUGACACCAAGUGUCAAGCCGAUCUUUACAAAUUAUUCGCGAUUUGUAUGAUUUUAGUGUAAAUGCAGCAGUCAGAAUUUUCUUUGAUUUUGGCCUCAUAACCUUUAUUUCCUCCCACCAACCUCUAUAGUCUCACAUAGCCUAAACAAAAUAUCUUCCGAAAUAGUAUUAUAUAGAUUAUUGUCCACAGUUACCGAUGAUGCACCUGCUUCCGAUCCCAUAGCUGCAUUCACACUAAAUGUCCAAGAGAUGAGAUGAAAGGUUGUGAGGUUGACUUGAGUCACAGGCUGGUCCUGUCUGAAGAAAGGCGGGGAGGGUUUUAUGCUUUCAAAAUUUUAUAUUUCCACUUCCCCAAAAAGCGUCUUGAUGCAUGAUGAUUUUUUUUACUCAUAGUUUGUUUAAUUCCCGCUCGUCUUCCGGCAUCAGUGGCCGUUGGACAGCUCGGCUAAUGGAGGCCUUGAUGAUUUGCCUGGAUGUACGCAGCUCUGGAAUUCCACGUGUUGCCUGGCAACCGUGUGAGCAGGGCUGGGGGCUCGGGGGGCGUGAGCGGGGUUUCCUCACAGAGAGAGGGACGACCUGGCCUUUUUUAUUCGUAGCAUUAGACGGAAGACGGCCGGGACCCGGGGCCUCGCGGCGUCCAGAGGGGCGUCCCCUGCUCUGCUGGAAGUCGAUGUUUCCAACGAGCUCCGCUUGAGUUCAAACACGCAGACGACAUUUUACCCUUUUUCUCGCUCGUCAGACGAGCUCGUUUCGCUGUACGUUUCCUUCUCUGCUACCAGAACCGAUUAUUGGGAAUCCCCCUAAAAUAGAAUGUUAUUGUAAGAGAAAAACUAAAAUGUUUGUGUCGAGUUGCAUUUUAUGGCUUUAAAUUAUUGACUGAAUUCUGUAUUUGUUAUUCUUACAUGCUACUUUCAUUUAACUCUUAAUUUAAAUAAAUAUGAAUAAAUAAGUAAAUUUGCAAAUGUU